UUUUUAAAAAAUUAUAUUAUGGCAGACGUUCAAAACCAAAGAGCCUUCCAAAAAUAAGAGGGCAUUUUCUAAAACUCUAAGAAAUUGUUGGCAAAGAAAACAUCCAAGGGAGUCAGAUAUUGGAAGGAAGUAGGUCUUGGUUUCAAAGUACCAAAGGAUGCAAUUGAAGGCAAUUACAUUGAUAAGAAAUGUCCAUUCACAGGAAAUGUGAGUGUCAGAGGAGCCAUCUUGAAAGGCAUAGUAAUUUCAACAAAGAUGACCAGAACAAUUAUCAUCAGAAGAGAUUAUUUACAUUAUGUUGCCAAAUAUAAUAGAUAUGAAAAGAGACACAGAAAUGUACCAGUUCACAUUUCACCAGCAUUUGGACCAGUCAAGGAAGGAGAUAUUGUUGUUUGCGGACAAUGCAGACCAUUAUCAAAGACAGUCAGAUUCAAUGUAUUGAAGGUCAUUCCAAACGAAAUCAUCGGUAAUGUUAGAAAACAAUUUGUUUUAUUCUGAUUCAAAUUAUAUUUGCAUACAUAUAGUACAAUAUAUAUAUAUUUGAUAUAUGAUGAGAA